AUGGCAGAUAUAGAGAAAGCUGAAAUCGAGACGCCCUCCACGGGCAGUGAGGCAACAACAAGACCUACAUCGCGCGAGGCGAUCACGGAAAGGGUGCGACAAGUCAGCGUCAGCAGCUGCCCAGGGCCAGGCGACGACCUCGAGCGGCAGAGCACCCACAUCUCCCUGGCAGAGUCCAUCCGGCAGAAACUCGGCAACCGCCCGGCAUGCUUCAGGAACUCAGCGCAGGAGGUCUCCUUCGUGGCGCAGGCGACCAUCGCCAUGGCGUCGAACCCGUUCCUCACGGGCGCCACGUCGACGGUCACAGCCACCAUCGGCCGGGAGCUCGGGAUGACGCAGGGCCAGGUCUCGUGGAUCGCGGCGUCGACGACCCUGGCCGCCGGCUCCUUCCAGCUCGCGCUGGGCCAGCUGUCCGACCUGCUCGGCAGGAGGAUGCUGUUCCUCUGGGGCAUGGGCUCCUACGCCGUCUUCGUGCUGCUUGUCGGCUUCGCGCAGAACCCGUUCUGGAUGGACAUCGUCCUUGGCGUCCUUGGUGUCUCUUCUGCGAUGAUCGUGCCACCUGCUGGUGGGAUACUAGGGGCGGCGUACGGAAAGCCGAGUAAACGCAAGAACCUGGCCUUUUCUGCUUUCACCGCUGGCAAGUCGCUGGGGACUGUUGCGGGAAGUAUCACUUGCGGCAUAGCCGCGAGGUUGUUCAACUGGCGCGCUUCUUUCUACUUCAUCGCGAUCCUUUUCGCGGUCUUCUUCCUGCACGCUCUGUGGGCGGUCCCGAGCGUUGAGGCCUUCGAGCCCGGAGAGCCCCUGAGGCAGAGGCUAUCCGCUUUCGCUCGGAAGUUCGAUGCCUUGGGCGCGGCUCUCAUCCUGUUCGGGACCGGCAUGUUGACUGCUGGUAUCACACUCGGGCCGGAGGAAGGGUGGACAUCUCCCAUCACUCUUCCUUUGACCAUCAUCGGAGUCGCCCUGAUCGUAGUGUUUGGCUUUUGGGAGACGAAAUGUGCACAUCCACUCAUGCCUCCUUUUAUCUGGAAAGACCGCAACUUCGCCUUAUUAAGUGCGACAACUGUCUUCGGAUACAUGUCCUUCCAAGCAUCAUCGUUCUACCUGGCAUUUUUUAUGCAAGAAAUUCGGGGAUACGAUCCCCUCAGCGUCGCCGUCCACCUUCUCCCGCAAGCCAUUGCCGGCCUGCUGUGGAACGUUCUGAUAGGCUACACGUUGCACAAAGUCAACAACACACUGAUUACAGCCGUCGGGUCGCUCUCAUACCUCGCUGCCAACAUACUCCUGUCUCUGAUGCACGCUGAUAGCUCAUACUGGGCGUUCAUGUUCCCGGCGCUGAUCCUUAACGUUGUGGGCGCGGACUUCCAGACCAACGUCUCCAAUAUGUAUGUGAUGCAGUGCCUGCCAGCACACCAGCAGGGCCUAGCAACCGGCGUACAGAACACCCUCAACCGCUUGAGUGCAACGGUUGGAGUGGGCAUUGCCACAGCCAUAUACAGCUCCGCCGAUACAACGGCCCAGGGCAUGGCCCACCCGAUGCUGAAGUACACCCGGACGUUCGAGGCAUCCGUCGGGAUGGCCGCGGUGAGUGUGCUGUUCGUCCCGUGGCUUCGGCUUGGGACCCAGGGGAGCCAGAAUAGCGCGACUACGCUCGUCACGGAGAAGAAAGAUGCGCAGCAGGUGGUGGAUGCUGGUGCGACAGGUGAUGGAGUGAGAGAAGGAUGA